CGGUGCACCGGUGGCCAGAUCUACAAAAAAAGUGACUGCUCUUUUGUUUUGUGACUAGCAAGAGUGCAUAAAUAAGUAGUACUAGUACUAGUAGUAGAUCUAUUCUCUGACAUGACAGGCUCUCGGCGCUAGGCCAUAGGCGCAGUAGCGUUCUGCGAGUGGUAACCAUUGGCUUCUCGCUAUCAAAGUGUACUGGAGCUACUGUACUAGCUGUACCGUCAACAAUGCCAGCACGAGUACAGUAAUUAGUUGUGCAGUUCGCCAUCCUACAUCCCUGAGUCCUGGUCUGAGCUGAUAUGAGAAGGUGAUUGCGGAAUCAAUGGUCGCACUGUGCAAAUUGGGGUAUUACAUGAAGCAGUAGAGGCUGGGCCCAGUUUUCUGCCGGAAUGCAAACUGCUGCCAGAGUCUCGUCUGGUGGUUGUGCGGCUCUGAGCCGGGAUGACAGUGCUGCUUCUGCUGCUUCUGUGCCGGCUGUUGCCACUGGCCGGAGUAGAGAUGCCACGGAGCAUGUACGCGGCGCUUCAGAUGUGAUCAUAGUCGGCGGGGGUAUAUCUGGUCUUGUUGGGGCAUGCUCCCUGGCACAGGCGGGCUUCACAGUCACUCUACUGGAGGCUGACUGUAGACUGGGUGGUCGCUUACUACAGGUUGAUGCUUACCCAGGCUAUGGCCUGAUUGACAUGGGCGGCGAGCUCGUGGAGGGUGAGCACUCCGUGCUGACACGCCUUAUUGAGGAGAAGGGAUGGACAAGUCACGAGGCAUUUGAUGACCGCUAUGUGAAGCUACCACUACGAAAGAUGUGUCGCCAGGCUUACUAUGCUGAUGAGAAUCUCUUCUACGAUGACAGCCCGUUUUUUCAACAACUACUUGACACAUGGAGUAUUGUGGAAGAUGGCUACGAGGCAAUUGUGGCUAAACAGAGUGAUGGUGACAACGAUGCUAACAUGAUGGACAGUAGUGUCGGUGAGCUACUGAAUGCUGCAUCAGUACCGAGUACAGACAUUGGCUAUCGUCUGAUUGAAAGUACAGUGUGUCAACGGGAUGGUGUCUGCAUCGAUGAAUGUAGCGCUGCUAUGGAGUGUGAAGGAUGGGAUUAUGGCUCACUUGUCAGAAGACUGGAUGGCAGCUUUUCACUGCUUCUUCAGCACUAUGUGGAUAUAGCGUAUCAUCUGCGGCACUGCCUGUCCAUCCAGCUAAACAAUGCAGUCAAGUCCAUUACCUAUCAGUGUUCGGCUGACCAGAACGUUAAUGAUCAUCAGGUUGCUGUGGUGACUUCUAGCGGCAAGACCUAUGCAUCGAAGGUCGCCUUGGUUACAGUGCCACUCGCCGUUCUGCAGCGGCAUGGCAUUCACUUCAAUCCACCGUUGCCACGACGACUGACAUCUACCAUAGAAAGUCUGAGCAUGCAGAAUGCAAUGAAGGUCUACUUGAGGUUUACAAAGUGCUUUUGGCCGGAAGAUAUCGGAAUAUUGUACAGCACCGAUGGAUUUCUCAAGCAGUUCUGGAUGGAUGCUCCUCAUUUCUAUGAUGACGCUAAACUUGACAGCACGUAUGAUUCCAAACUGUGUUCAACGCCAAGGCAAGCAAGUAACACGGAGGCAGGAACACACGAGAUCGACACCUCAGCCAGCAAUGAUGUCACCACGAUGUCACUACCUGCUUGGAGGCAAACGUAUGUACCAUACGUGGGCGUGACUGGUGGUAAGCAUUCAGGCAGUAAUGCAACACCACAAAAUGGACACCGUGGAGACUGUCUUGACAUGGCUGAUGUUGGCGUUACCAUGGUGAGACGUGAGGACGUACAAACACUGCCACACUGUACACCUGCCAGUGGAGAGACUGAGCAAUCCAUGGGAGAUGCGGGGUCUGUGGAUUACAAGGGUCAUGCCGGUGAUGGGCCUGAUAUUGGGGUCACUGAUUCCAGGAACAGCCAUGACGCGCCGCGGCAGGAAUGCAAGCAGCCCUUCUAUGCCAUGUUUGGAUUUGCUACGAGUCGUGUUGCUGACAGCGUGUGUGAGUUAGCACCAGCGCAACUAGUGCAGCGAGUUUUACACCAACUGGAUGAGAUGUUUGGCAGGUCAGAUGGUGACGAUGACGGCGACCAGGUAUCUCAUCCGGCCACUGAAUAUUUUCAUAGUGCACUGGUGAUGUGCUGGGGAGAUCAAGAAUUUGUUGGUGGCGGUUACUGUGCUCCCAGUGCUGGUGCACGCCGCCAUAAAACUGAAUUUCACCGACCAGUAGACGACCGCAUAUACUUUGCAGGUGAGCAUGUUCAUCAGCAACUCUCCAGCGUGCACACGGCUAUGGAGACUGGACUGGAUGCCGCCGAGAAAAUAUCCCGCUAUUUAUCCCCGGCCUUGUCAACUUGCAGUCAAUCGGCCGGUGAGCGGUAACAUGCGGUCGAGUUAUGAGUGUUGCCCUGGUAACAUGCAGUCGAGUAGUGGAUGUUGCCCUGGUAACAUGCAGUCGAGUUGUGAGUGUUGCCCUGGUAGCAUGCAGUUGAGUAGUGAGUGUUGCCCUGGAAACAUGCAGUCGAGUAGUGAGUGUUGCCCUGGCCUUGUCAAUAUGCAGUCAAAAAGCAAAAUGCUGCUUUGGCUCCUUUAUUUUGCCCUUGAGUGCUGGAAGGAUGACUCAAAGUACUUGAAGUACUAUCAUACAAGUAGUGACAUAGUGACAAAUGAAAUUCGGCCGACUAAUGGAUGAAGCAAAACUACCAUUUGGUGUGACAUGUGCCCCAGUGUUCAAAGUCAUGCUAGCUGCGCCAUGCAGCAGCAAGCCGCCGGCGUGCUCGGUAGUAUACGGUUGCCUCAUGAUUUAGUAUGCUGCUCCCCGUGCACUGUAUCGCUGUAGUUUCAGCUGGCGAAACGCUUGUAAAAUACUGUUUACAUGUAAAAGGACUUUGAAUCAACAAGCUUUUCUCUUUUUUUUUAAAUCAUGUCAAACGUAGCUGCGCCGGUGAGGCGCCCCUCAGAAUUUUGAAACCUUUUCCGCUCUUCAACUUUUUUUAAAUUAAUAACUUAUUCAGAUUGGACGUUAUCUGUCUUGCAAAUACCGGCAGCCUACAUGGUGCUGUGUGACUGGGCACUGCACGAGGAAGGAGCUUGAGGUGUGAACACUGCAAUUUACUUUUCAUAUCCGCAAACUGAAUAGUACACUGUGCAAAAGAAUAAUCGUGACAUCACUGAGUACAUUUAGUAGUGUUGCAUUGGCUUUUGUGAAUUAUUUUAUUCGUUUAUAUUUUUUAUAGAGAUCCAAAGAUACUCCUCUGUACUGUGUAGCUAACACUGAA